UUAAACUUCCGGUUUAAUUUGGAUGUUUAUGUCUUCGAAACGUUUACACAAGUUCUUCAUCUAACCAGUUAAAAAUGGAGACUACAAGCGAUGGAAAAAUCAAAAUGCCUAGAGUGGCUAAGGUCAAAAAUAAAAUGGCAGCCCCUGUUCAAAUAACAGCGGAGCAGCUAUUGAGAGAAGCCAAGGAGAGAGAACUUGAGCUGGUGCCCCCACCUCCCAAGCAGAAGAUUUCAGACCCUGAUGAGCUUGCUGACUAUCGCAUGAGGAAACGAAAGAUGUUUGAAGAUAACAUUAGAAAAAACAGAUCUGUCAUGACCAAUUGGAUCAAAUAUGCCCAGUGGGAAGAAAGUCAGAAAGAAAUUCAAAGGGCAAGAUCAAUAUGGGAGAGAACCCUGGAUGUGGAUCAUAGGAACAUCACUGUCUGGUUGAAAUAUGCUGAAAUGGAGAUGAGGUGUCGCCAAAUCAACCAUGCACGUAACAUCUGGAAUAGGGCUGUGAUGGUUCUGCCAAGGGCAAAUCAGUUUUGGUAUAAAUUUACUUAUAUGGAAGAAAUGCUUGGCAACACUGCAGGAGCUAGACAAGCUUUUGAGCGCUGGAUGGAAUGGGAACCAGAGGAACAAGCCUGGCACUCGUACAUCAAUUUUGAACUUCGCUACAAAGAACUUGACAGGGCCAGAGCUAUUUAUGAGAGAUUUGUCCUCGUUCACCCUGAGGUAAAAAACUGGAUUAAAUAUGCGAAGUUUGAAGAGAAAAAUGGCUACGUCAACAGUGCUAGGUCCAUCUACGAGAGAGCUGUGGAGUUUUUUGGGGAGGAUAACAUCAGUGAGCAACUUUUGGUUGCGUUUGCUAAGUUUGAGGAAAGUCAGAGGGAGCAUGAAAGAGCAAGGGUUGUGUAUAAGUAUGCUUUGGAUCACCUGCCUAAGGAGCGCUGUGAAGAGGUUUAUAAACACUACACUAUUCAUGAGAAGAAGUUUGGAAGUCGAGCAGCUAUUGAAGAUGUAAUUGUUAACAAAAGAAGGUUCAAAUAUGAGGAGGAAGUCAAGGCUAACCCUAUGAAUUAUGAUGCCUGGUUUGAUUAUUUACGUCUGCUGGAAUCUGAUGGCAACCUUGAGCAAGUCAGGGACACCUAUGAAAGGGCUAUAGCUAACAUUCCACCCUCGCAGGUGAAAAGACAUUGGCGCAGGUAUAUUUACCUGUGGAUCAACUAUGCUUUGUAUGAGGAACUGGAGGCUAAAGAUGCAGAUAGAACAAGAGAAGUGUACAAGGCCUGCUUAGACAUUAUACCUCAUAAGAAGUUCACAUUUGCUAAAAUUUGGUUGAUGUUUGCUCAGUUUGAAAUUAGGCAGAAAAACUUAAGUGGAGCUAGAAAAGUUCUUGGAACAGCAAUUGGCAAAUGCCCAAAGAGCAAACUCUUUAGGGGCUACAUCGACCUGGAGCUUCAGCUAAGAGAGUUUGAUAGAUGCCGGAUGCUGUACCAAAAGUUUUUAGAGUUUAGUCCUGAAAAUUGUACCACCUGGAUGAAGUAUGCUGAGCUGGAGACUAUACUUGGUGAUAUUGAGAGAGCGCGGGCUAUACUGGAGCUGGCCAUCAAUCAAUCACGUCUGGAUAUGCCUGAGGUUCUUUGGAAAGCUUACAUAGAUUUUGAGGUGGAUCAAGAAGAAUAUGACAAUGCUCGCAAGCUUUACAGGCGAUUGUUACAGAGGACACAGCAUGUGAAAGUCUGGAUCAGUUUUGCUAGGUUUGAGUUGUCAGUACCCGAAGAAACUGCCUUACAGAAGUCCAGGGAGGUUUAUAAAGAAGCCAACAAGGCUCUGAAGAAUGCGCAGGACAAAGAAGAGCGUUUGCUGUUGCUGGAGUCAUGGCAAGCUCUUGAGGAGGAGGCUGGGGAUGAUCAGUCCAAACAACAGGUUGAAAAACUUAUGCCACAGAAAGUCAAGAAAAGAAAGAAGAUUCAAACAGACGAUGGGUUGGAUGCAGGAUGGGAAGAGUACUUUGAUUACAUCUUCCCUGAUGAAGAAUCUGCUAAACCUAACCUUAAACUACUUGCCCUGGCCAAGAAAUGGAAGGAAAGCAAGGAGACAAAUAAUGAGGAAGACAUGAGUAGUUGACACGAUCGGUCCCGUUUUUUUUCUGUGGAAUGUAGACCAGCGCCAGUUUUGGCAGAUGCCAAAAUACUUCAAGGAAUUGCUAGAUGCGGCUACUGCCUGAGCUGCUAAUACUUAAUCCAGAUUAUGGAUGAGUAGAAUCUAUUAUUUUGUGCGAUUAUAACAGAAGUAAGUUACUAAACAAAUUUAAAACUCAUUUCCAAGGAUAUGGGUUCUAAUGCUCCCAAGUGAACAAGUAUAAAUUUGACAAUAUAUUUCUUGUUGUAAUGAGUUAGAAGCCAGUUUUUUUAGCCAUUUGAAACUCAGUACUUCAUAAUUAGAGCCAAACUGCUUCUGGUAUUUGAAUCUGAAAUUUUCAUUAGUCAAAUAAUGUGUAAAAUGUCCAUUCAUCGUUUUUAAAGCAGACCUGAAAGGGAAGCUUCAAAGUAAGGGAAAUAACUACUGCAACAUAAAACUCAUAUGUAAAUGUCAUAGGAUCAUGCACCUUCUGCGUGUUUUUAUUGUAUCUUUUCAUCUUGUUAUAAUGUAUGUAAAUAAAGUCAAAAUCAAGUU